AUGCGACUUCGCGGUGUGUUUCGUGCAGCCAAGCUGCCCAACGGACAGCGCGCCAUUGGCACAAAAUGGGUGUUCAAGAUCAAGCGCAAGGCGGAUGGGUCAAUCGAGAAGUACAAGGCACGACUUGUGGCCAAGGGUUUCCGCCAAAAGUAUGGCAUCGACUACACCGAGACGUUUUCGCCUGUGGUCAAGUAUGUGACGCUGCGAAUGGUGAUCGCAAUUUCCAAGCAUUUUGGAUGGCCCAUCGACCAGCUUGAUGUGGUGACAGCUUUCCUGUAUGGCGUCAUGAAGGAACAAGUGUUCUGCGUGAUUCCUGAAGGCGUCGAACUUGACAGUACGUUCGACUGCCUGGAAUUGGUGAAGUCAAUUUACGGCCUCAAGCAAGCGUCGCGAGUGUGGAACGAGACGUUCGACGAGUAUGUGUGCUCCAUCGGAUUUCAAGUAUCGGACUUCGACCCAUGUCUCUACAUCAAGACUUCGGACGGCCAUUGCGUGUUUAUACUGGUCUACGUGGACGACGUCUUAGUGACUGGAAGCUCGCUCGAGCUGAUUGCACAAACCAAGAACGACCUGAAGACGCGGUUCGAAAUGACGGACAGCGGCAAGUGUGCGUUUGUUCUUGGGAUCGAGCUUUUGGACGGUGAAGAAGGCAGUGUGACACUAUGUCAGCGUCGGUAUGUCGAUGAUAUCCUCAAGCGCUUUGGCAUGGAUGAUUGCAAGGCAGUCGCAAGUCCAGUCGACAUGAGCUCUCGACUUGUUUCAAGUGAUGCAACUACCAAGGUCGAUGCUCCUUUUCGCGAAGCUGUUGGUGCGUUGAUGCACCUGACCACUGCAACGCGUCCGGACAUUGCGUUUGCUGUGGGCUAUGUGUCGCGGUUCAUGGAAAAUCCCCAAGAAGAACACUGGGUUGCAGUUAAGCGUAUCUUUCGCUACCUACAAGGCACCAAGACGCAUGGAAUUUGCUACAAGCCAAGUGCAAGGAUCGACUUCCGUGGAUAUUCGGAUGCGGAUUGGGCUGGUGAUCUUACCGACCGCAAGUCAACAUCGGGGUACACGUUCAUGCUACUCGGUGCGCCAGUCAGUUGGGGCAGCAAGAAGCAGCCAAGUGUUUCGUUGUCCACGAGUGAAGCCGAAUACAUCGCACUCAGCUUGGCGAUUCAAGAGGGCAAGUGGAUUCAUCGUCUGCUUUGUGAGAUCGUGAUGGCUGCCAAUGAAGAAGGACCGGAACUCAUGAUUCAUGAAGACAAUCAGUCAUGUAUCAAGAUGACGAAGAACCCAGUCAACCACGGCCGUGCCAAGCACAUUGAUAUCAAGUACCAUCACAUCCGUGAUGAGGUCAAGCGCGGUGAAGUGAAGCUCAAGUACUGUGAAACUGCGGUGAUGUUAGCGGACAUCAUGACGAAGGGACUUCAUGGACCACGCCACAAGGAGAUGACGACGGCUCUCGGGAUUCGUGAGCAUUCGGAUUGA